AUGGGUACCGUCAGUCUGUGCCCGAAAGAGUACCAGAAGGUUUACCAGGAAUGGUUCAACUUGGUUGAUUCAGAUGGAGAUGGUCGCAUUACCGGUAACGAAGCCACUAAGUUCUUCGCCCUGUCUAAGCUUUCUCGACAAGAACUCAAGCAGGUUUGGGCCACUGCUGACAAGAAGCGACAGGGUUUUUUAGGUUUUACAGAGUUCAUUACUGCAAUGCAGCUGAUUUCCUUGGCGCAAGAACAUGAACUAACCCCAGACGUCCUCAAAACUGAAGUUGACUGGGAAAACAUUAAUCCUCCACUUAUGGAAGGUUUGGAUGCUCUCUCAGCCAAAACCAAGAGUUCAACGACAAAUGGACUUGAAGUAAAUGGAAGCAUUCAAUCUCAACCACCAGCCCAGUGGUUUGGUUCAAAAUCAGUGAAGAAGCUACCUCUUAUUGCUGUUACAUCUAUAACCGAUGGUUUGAAGAGAUUGUACAACGAAAAACUAAAGCCAUUGGAACUUACUUAUCGCUUCAAUGACUUUGUAUCUCCAUCAUUGACUAAUAGUGAUUUUGAUGCUAAGCCUAUGGUCAUGCUUUUGGGACAAUAUUCAACUGGAAAAACAACAUUUAUCAAACAUUUGCUAAGAUGUAACUAUCCAGGAGCUCAUAUUGGUCCAGAACCUACUACUGAUAGAUUUGUUGCUGUGAUGUCUGGACCUGAUGAGAGGAGUAUUCCUGGAAAUACCAUAGCCGUUCAUGCAGACAUGCCUUUUAGUGGGUUAGCAACUUUUGGAGGUGCAUUUCUGUCAAAAUUUGAGUGUUCUCAAAUGCCACAUCCAUUGCUAGAUGAAAUUACAUUUGUUGAUACUCCUGGAGUUCUAUCGGGAGAAAAGCAACGAACACAAAGGAGUUAUGAUUUCACUGGUGCUAUAUCAUGGUUUGCUGCAAAAUGUGAUGUUAUUCUUCUUCUGUUUGACCCUCAUAAACUUGAUAUCAGCGAUGAGUUUAAACGUGUAAUUACAUCUCUACGUGGUAAUGAUGACAAGAUUCGAGUGGUUCUAAACAAAGCAGAUCAAGUUGAUACUCAACAAUUGAUGAGAGUUUAUGGGGCAUUGAUGUGGUCACUUGGAAAAGUUUUGAAUACUCCGGAAGUUGUGCGUGUUUAUAUUGGAUCAUUUAAUGAUAAACCUGUCAAUGAAUCAGCUGUUGGCCCUAUGGGUAAAGAACUUUUCGAAAAAGAACAAAACGAUUUACUAGCAGAUUUGGUUGAUAUACCAAAGAAAGCUUGUGAUCGACGGAUCAAUGAAUUUGUUAAACGUGCUAGAGCUGCUAAGACUCAUGCCUAUAUAAUUAGUCAUCUGAAAAAGGAGAUGCCUGCUAUGAUGGGCAAAACUAAGACUCAACAACGAUUGAUGGAUAAUCUUGAAGAUGAAUUUGCAAAGGUUCAGAGGGACUUCCAUUUACCAGCAGGAGACUUUCCAGAUGUGGAGCACUUUAGAGAGGUCUUGAAAGGUUACAACAUCGAUAAAUUUGAGAAAUUGAAGCCGAAAAUGAUUCAAGCUGUAGAUGACAUGCUUGGCCGUGAAAUCCCAGAACUGUUGAAGAAUUUCAGAAAUCCUUAUGAUUAA